UUCCACCAUUUCAGCAUCCUUCCGUCAACAGGGGAACGAUCCAAAAGUGAGAUUCACUUGGUAUGCGCAUGGCUUGUACAACUUUUGGUAUAGUCCAGAACUAACCACAGACGAUACCGAAUACUGGGAAACCUACGAUUUCGGGCUUGAUGAUACCAAACUGGAGAUCGAUACGACAGCACUGAAGUUUGGUCCCUUCAGUCUGGAAGAGGACAGUGAACUGUUGGAAAGGCCUGUGAAACUCGUCGCAUUUAGUUCCGGUCAGCAGCCUGAAAGCGCUAAGGACGAGUAUAUCCGUUUGUGGUGCAUGAAUGAGCUUCACAAUGCACGAAACUUCUACCCUUUUGAAGUCACGCCUUACCUAUCGUCCGAGGAAAAACAAAGGUUCAAUUUCUUGUCCGAUAAGCUGCCUUCCUCAGACGUCCAACGCUGGAGUUCAUUAGCUGAACUGCACGUGCGCAGACGAUUGUUCAAAUGUUGCUGCGAUGCAUGCCAUUCCCUCGUUGCCGAUGUUCUUCACCGUUGUAUAGACUGCGAGUCCAAUGAAUAUGAUCUAUGUGCAGAAUGUGAAUCUAUGCCGGUUUCGAAUCACGAGUACUCAUCCAAUCACAAGUCGACACACAACAUGCUUGUUUUCCGCAUGUCGCUACCGCACGUUCGCUACAAGCGGGUCCAGUGGCACGCCAGGAACUUCUUGUCCACUUAUUUGCCCGAUGCAGCACCACCAGAAGGAUCAUUGACUGCGCGAGAAGACGAAUCUCGGACGCAAUCAGGUGGAAUAGAUCUUCCGCAUUCGACAGAAACCACUCAAGAUCAAGCAGAUGUUUCCGCCUCUCUCGAUUUGCUGAGCAGAAACUCAGGAGCGGCAUUCAUGGGGAUAGCUGAAACCUCAGUUGCGAAUAGGGUUGUCUAUACUUGUGCUGAAUGUAGCGUCAAACUCAAGGGCGUUUUUUAUGUAUGCCUUACCUGCGGAGAACUCCCGACCGCCAUUGCCAUUGCCCUAUGUGGCAAUUGCGCAUUCCACGAUGUAUUCAACGUGGUCACAGCGCACUACCCUCACAAACAUUGGCUGGUCAAGGUUAAAGACACGGUUCAAAACGUAGGUGGAACGUCAGACGAACCUUUCGAUAACUCGGAUGAGACAAGUUCGCUUCCCGUUCAAGCCGACAAUCUGGCUGCAAUGGUGGAAGCUCGCUUUGCCGAGCAGGAUCGCCGUCUUAGUGAAAUUGCUACGCAGGUUGAUCACCUCGUGCGUAGUCUAGCUGAUUUUACGGAGAAAGCACAGUCCAUCUCCGUUUGAUUGACUCAUAAAUUGUCAUUUUUGAUUCUCGUGUAUAUUAUGUCUCUGUAGCCUUGUGUAGAUCUGCGCCAACUUACCAUGUCCUUCGCACAUGAACAUGCUGUCCAUUGACGUCGAGUAGCCUUCAUCAUGUAGAUGAGUACAAGGUUGUGGGUGUGCAAUGUGCAUGACAUGCACAUAAGUAUGGGGCAAGGACUACCGGGGGAAUGAUUCGAGUGGUCCUGGGGUAGCCGCAUAGAUGGUAUACAGUACUAGUGUGAAUACUGCAUGCUCACAUCACACU